AUGGGUAGUCUAAUAGGACAUGUAUUGCCUGGAAUUGUUUUCCUUACACUUGGUUUAUGCCAUCUCUUUAAUAACAUCAAGCUCUAUUCUCUAUACCCUAACUCUUUCAAAUCUUCUCUUUGGUUCCUCACGUCAAAACUCAGGUACUUGGAGCUUUUCUUCAUUAUUGCAGGAAGCUCCAUCUCCAUUUCCAUUGACCUUUUCAUUGGUCCUGCAAAACACCAACCUUUUGAUCCUGAUGGAGCUACACCCUCAAAUCAUCUCAGAAACUUUGAGCACUCAUCAGUUUCUAUCUUUUUCUUUGUUUAUGCAUCUUUUGCAAUAAUCCUCGAUAGAUUUAAGCCUAAAGCUCAACUGGGUAUCAGACAACUUCUUGGAGCAGUAGCUUUUGCAAAUCAAUUUUUUCUCUUCUAUCUUCACUCAACAGAUCACAAUGGUCUUGAAGGUCAAUACCAUUUGCAUCUUCAGGUCCUUGCACUUGUUGUUAUAGAAAUAGCUUGA